UAGCACUAGUGGGGUUCAGCAGCCAGCAUGGCCACAGCUGCCUCCAGCCCCUACACCCUGCUCAGCUCCAGUCCCAUGAUCCACCCGGACAGCCAGGCCAUGCAGCCUGCGAGCCCCUACAGAGGACACCAGAAACUCCUCCAGAGUGAUUAUCUGCAGAGCGUCCAGAGUAACGGACACCCGCUCGGGCACCAGUGGGCGAGCAGUCUGUCGGAGGGCAGCCCCUGGUCGGCCUCCAUGGAGCAGCAGGACGUUAAACCAGGCCGAGAGGACUUGCAGCUUGGCAUCAUCCAUCACCGUUCCCCGCACGUAGCGCAUCACUCUCCUCAUCACAACAACCAUGGCAACCACCCGGGAGCCUGGGGAACUCCGGUGUCCCACAACUCCUCCAUCACCAGCGGGCAGCAGAUCAACAUCUACUCCCAGACGGGCUUCACUGUCAACGGCAUGCUGGACCACGGUGGCCUCACACCUCCACCCAACCCGCAGGGCCAAGGCAUGCACCCGGGCCUCAGGGACACACUCAGCCCCGAGCACAGCGACCUCGGUGGGCAUCACUGCCACGACCACUCCGACGAGGAGACGCCGACUUCGGACGAGCUGGAGCACUUUGCCAAGCAGUUCAAACAGCGGAGAAUCAAGCUGGGCUUCACGCAGGCGGACGUGGGUUUGGCUCUGGGCACGCUGUACGGUAACGUCUUUUCCCAAACCACCAUCUGCAGGUUCGAGGCUCUGCAGCUGAGCUUUAAAAACAUGUGCAAACUAAAGCCGCUGCUGAACAAGUGGCUGGAGGAGGCAGACUCGUCCACAGGCAGCUCUAGCAGUAUAGACAAGAUAGCAGCUCAGGGGAGGAAGAGAAAGAAGAGGACGUCCAUCGAGGUUAGCGUGAAGGGGGUUCUGGAGACGCACUUUCUCAAGUGUCCCAAACCCUCCGCGCAGGAGAUCACCUCGCUGGCGGACUCGCUGCAGCUGGAGAAGGAGGUGGUGCGCGUUUGGUUCUGCAACCGGAGGCAGAAGGAGAAGCGCAUGACACCGCCGGGAGAGCCGCCGCCUCACGAGGGACCGUAUUCACACAGCGGGAGCGCGGGAGACGCCUCCUCGUGCCAUGAUCUCUGACCGAAGCACCGGGAGGAAUCCCCCCCCACACACCCCCACCCCCUGACCCGGUACAGACUCUCGAGCGCAGGGGCGCGCGGUGGUACCUCCAAAAGCCCUUCCGCGCCUUGUCCCGGUACAGACUCCUUCCAGAUGCCUCCAGCACUGAAACACGACAAUAACAAUAACAGAGAUACCUGUUCAGCCUUCGUCAUUUUCUAACUGUCAUGAGGGCAUUAUUCUAUAGCGGCAUAUCAAACGUCACAUUUCAGAUUAUACCUUUUUUUGGAGCCCGCCAAAUUAUUUUCUACAUCACGGAUAUAAAUACAAAAAUGUGCCUAAUAACCUGCCAGCGCCUUUGGUUUGUGUCACCACUUCUCAUCAGCUCGAUAAUAAUGAUAAGAUGGGACUGAUGUUUUGUUUUGAUUUGUUUGGGCUUCACACACACACACACACAUGCACACACACACGCACACACAUACACUUUGCUUCUGUUGUUUGAUCAGUGGAGUGGAAACAAAUAAUAAUAAUAAUAAUAAUAAUAUCACUUUUCUUAAUUGAUUUGUUGCAGCACCACCAGAGGCCAUUUUUACUGUCCACCUCAUGCUUCCCUCGGGCUUUAUACGACGCUUUAGUUCUCAUCAUAUUUACAUUCAUUAUUUUUGUAACAUACUCGUAGCAGAUCUGUAAUUAUUUUUUUGCAUAUGCAAAUAUAGACCCUCAUUUUUCCAGUCGUAGAGGUAUUGCUACCAACAUAAUAGCACUUGGAGGGUUUGUUUUUAUUAUUAAAUUCCUCCCUUAUGGCCUGUAGCUUAUGAAGCCACACACACACACACACACACACACAUAUAUAUAUAUAUA